AUUUUAUAUUCAGUCAUUUCAUUAACCUAUUAUCAAACACUUUGCAUAAAUCAAACUCCGUAUCAGGUGCCCACAUCUAAUCGUAGCUUCAGUUGCAGCAAUGGAGCAUUCAAUCUGUCAUUGCCGAAUUCUAUACUCUCCCUCUCCACAUUCGUUCCCCCCCUCUCGCCUCCUACCCAAAAAGCUUACAUUCCUGAACACUCUGAUCAUCGAUCCAAAAAAUCCAUUGCAUAAACGACAACUGGGGUCCGCACGACUCCGAAGUCUCUCGGCUUCGCUAAUGGACUCUCACAGUCCUCUUCAUUCACUCGAUAGUGUCUCACCCUCAGUAUCGUCCAUAUUUACGGCCGGUCGAAUUGGAGAGGUGAAUAGGGUAACGAAAGAGACUAACGUGUUUGUGAAGAUAAACUUGGACGGAACGGGUGUGGCUGAAAACUGCACUGGAAUUCCAUUUCUUGACCAUAUGUUGGAUCAACUUGCAUCACAUGGGUUGUUGGACAUGCAUGUGAAGGCCAAGGGGGACAUUCACAUAGAUGAUCAUCACACAAAUGAAGACAUUGGGUUGGCUAUUGGAACAGCUUUGUUGGAAGCACUUGGAGAUAGAAAAGGAAUCAACCGAUUUGGUGACUUCUCAGCUCCUCUGGAUGAAUCAUUGAUACAUGUAGCCUUGGAUUUAUCUGGACGACCACAUUUAAGUUAUGAUUUACAAAUACCUACCCAGAGAGUGGGAACAUAUGAUACUCAGCUGGUAGAACACUUCUUCCAGUCCGUGGUCAACACUUCUGGAAUGACACUUCAUAUACGACAGCAGCUAGCUGGAAAAAAUUCUCAUCACAUUAUUGAAGCCACCUUUAAGGCUUUUGCAAGAGCCCUUAGACAAGCAACUGAGUAUGACUUGCGUCGUCAUGGAAGUGUACCGAGCUCAAAGGGGGUUCUUUCACGUGCUUAAAGUGUUUAAAUUUGAUGGAAUGUGGAUGCCCUAGACUACCUCAGUAUUUAUCAAAGGACUACCACUGUUAUAUAAAGAAUAUGAUGGUGUUGCUGUGUGCCAUCCUCUUCAACAACAGAUAGAUGGCACUGUAGUUUUUUAGAACAUUAGAGCCUUGUGAUGUAAUUUGCCAAGAGGAUAAUCAUUGUAUCAUAAGGAAUUAUUAGUUUUUCCCAAUAAAGUAAUUUAUGCCCCUUUAACAACCUUCCACUGCCCUUUUUUUUCCUUUAAGUAUUUUAUUUUCCUUUAACAACCUUCCAUUGCCCUUUUAGUUGUGAGUUUACUAAGAUUUACUUGCUAGUUUGGGGUUGUAUUUUUAGCUAGGAAUUAUUAGUUUUUCCCAAUAAAUUAAUUUAUGUUUCUUUAACAACCUUCCACUGCCC